UAAAUUAGAAGUGUAAAUGUCUAGAUAAGGUUCUCCAACUGUCAUAUCUGUGAAAAUACCACUGGGCUGAAGUGAUAAGAGAGAGGGUUGAGAAGACUUGCUUUGCCUGGAGCUUUAUGUGUGUGUCUGUGGGUGUGUUAAUGUAAGAUGACUUUUUCUGGUAUGAACAGUUGUUUCAGGAUUAGUAGUCUUCAUAGAGACUAAAGCCUGGUCUUAGUGAAGCAGAACUCUUUCUGUUUCUGAAGCCCUGGUUAAUGUCAGUGAUAAGUGAAUUGUGCUUAUUGUUUAUGAUUAAGAUUAGGGAUAAUAUCUUUAAUAAGAUGUCUGAAGAGAAGUCAAUGCCAAGUGACCUUUGUUGACUUGAUUUUGCUUUUGGUUUGGUGUUUACGUAGAAUAGUUGAAGAGACGAGUGUGUGUGUGUGUGUGUGCGCGUGCAGACCUCAGUCGACAGUUGUGUAUAUAAAAGGGCAGGGCUGAGUCAGGCUGCACGAACCAGGAAGUGCGCUCAUCUCUGACUCCACAGCAAACUCGACAGUGAACAGGAGCAGCAAACAUGUCGUCAGCAGCAGCAGCAGCAGCAGCAGCAGCUCCUCAGUCAGAGCUGAGGCUGGUGGUGCUGGGUCGAGCCGGAGCAGGAAAGAGCUCAGCUGCCAGCACCAUCCUGCGCCUGCAAGACCCAGAGCAGGGCACAGAGGCAGCUGUGAAACACAGAGGAGAGGCUGCAGGCAGACAGGUUGUCAUAGUCUCUGGUCCGGCCUGGUUCGGCUCUGCCUGUGACCCAGAGGAAAGAAGAAAACACAUCUCCUCCAUUAUCGCCUUAUCCAGCCCGGGACCACAUGCCUUCCUGCUCUGUGUCCCUGUGAACCAGCCGACCGAUGGAGAGGACAAGGCUCUGGAUGUCCUGACAGCGCUGUUUGGCCCAGCUGCCGUCGCCAGAAACACCAUCGUGCUCUUCACCCACACGGAGGAGCUGGAGGAGGAUGAGAAUCUGGACGAAUACCUCGUCACGUGGCGCAAAGACCUCCAGGAGCUGGUGGAACGAUGUGGCGGCCGCUACCACACCCUGGAGACUGGAGGUAGAGAACCAGAGGAGGGGAAAGCCGUGGAGGAGCUGCUGCAGAAGGUUGAGCAGGUAGUUGAGGACAGUGAGACACAACACUUGAUCUGCCCUCUGUACCAAGAGGCUGAGGAAAGAGUGAGAGAGAGGCAGGUGGAGGUGGUGAGACAGAGGAGAGCCGAUAAGGAGGUGUCUCCCACAGACACCGAGCAAGAGGAAAAUAUCACAGAAGAGGAAAUGUUAGCAGCCCGGGAGGAAGCAGAGAGGAGCGUAGGUGAUCUGAAUGUGGAUGUAGAGGAUAUUUUCCCUCCCACUAGUGUCUCACCUUCCUCCACAGCCCCCUCUUUUCUCUGGGGUCUGUGGGUGAAGCUGACAGGCUGGUUGAGGGCGCUGCCUAAGAUGGUGAGAAGGGAGGCCCUGUUUGGAGCCCUGGUUGGCCUGUUUGUGGGGGGGCCAAUCGGUGGCAUGGUGGGGGCCACCGUGGGGUCAGUGGCUACUGAGGUGAGCAGGAGAAAAACACAGAAAACUAAAUAAGACAUGAUUUAACUUUCCUUAAAGUCAUUUCACUGUCAAACACAGACUCGCCACUCGUCAAAGACGGUAUUUAUUUACGCUCAAACCACUGAACACCUUCUCUUAUUUUCUAUUUAAAAAGUUAUUCAAGCAAAACUAUACAUUUGCUUUUGCCACUGAGGUGUGGAUGGACAGGGAGAACUUGUUUUGCACGUCUUAAUUUAUAUUUGAGUGCGGUGACUCAUUACUCACAUACACAGUUCACGUCUGCUCACCUUAGCACAGGUAAAACUGUCAGCCUCACACCUGCUGCUCAUUACCUGUAGCAUUUGCAUAUAACCACGUCCUUGGCUAAUACUCCACCAAGUGGUCAAACAAAAAACUGCACAUACGUGCACAUAUUCAUUUUAAAUGAAAGAUUAAAACCGUAAAACUAAAUUUCUAUUAUAGCGCUAACAUAACCACUCUCUUUGCUUUAUCAACUAGAGCAAUAGCUUUUUUACACACAUUGUCAGAGACCGUUUCAGUUUCCCAGAACUCUAAACACUAAAACAAAAUGUAACUAUUGUGUCAAAACUCUACAAAUGUUCCACUCCGUGUGUUCUCUUCUCAAAACAGAUUCCUUCGACUAAAGCAACAACAAACACACAGCUAUGACAUGCUAAUGUCUCACAGAGCGUCACAUAAACAGCAGUGUGAUCACCAUCAGUAUUCAUGUGGCUUCUUAUGUCCAUGUUAUAUUACAGUAUAUUCAAAUGCAGACAAAUGUGUAGUGUUUUUUUGUCCCAAAGUAGUAUUUACAGGUCCACAUGUACACGCUACACAAAUGUGACCUAUUUGACAUAGUAUGGAGCAAAACUCAGUGAAGAAAAUCAGUGCACAAGAAAAUAACUUUGCACAGGUGCAUCAUGGGUGAAUCUAACUGGUUAUCAAGGUGUUGCUUAUUUUAAGGUCAGUGUUUCCAUUUCCAUGCUUGUGAGUUUUGUAACGGCUUGUUUCUUGAAUGAGACUAAUGUGUGGGUUGCCAGGUUUGAAUAAUCCCUUCGACUUUAAUUUAAUCUGUUUUUCCACUUUGCGUAGUAAGUUAUAUUGACCGCUCAACUCGCAUAAGGUCUAGCUCUCUGUCCUGAGCCCCUCCCACCAGAUGGACAGACGUGUAUGGUUUAUUCACACCAGAUGACCCGUGGCAGUCUCUCCAUCUCUGAGUUGCUCCGCCCAUGUUGACACGUGUUUUACUGCGUUUAUUUUCUGACUCACUUGUAGAUUCUUUUUCAGGUUGCUUUGCAGCCAGUCCUGGAUUGGUCUCUUUUCCUUGUAUGUGCCACAAAGGCUGGAAACAAAACCUUGAGGAGGACUAGUUCUCUCUCUCAGAUUACUUGAUUUAUAGGCUGAACGAUUGAUUAAUUGCAUCUAUAUUAUUAUUUUUUUUACUCCAUCUUUAAGUGUAAGGUGCUGGAAAAAAAAAAAGGAAACAUAAUAAUGUGUUUGUGGAAGUUAAGGCUCUGGGGUUUGUGACUAUGACUAAUGCCUAUAAUUACCUUCAAAUUACACACAAUCAUUUUGUCCAUUGUCAGCACAGAACAAUUAUUUAUGGUAACUAUUAAUAAUAAUAUAUACUAUAUGCACUUAUAGUAUUUACUGUAAAUAAUCCAAUCCGAAUGUAUUUCUAUAGCACAUUUAAAAACAACCGAGUUGAUAUAAGUGUUAACAUAAAAUAUAAAACUCUAAGGACUACUCCAUUACAAACUCAGUUGGACUGCAUUAUCAAAAGAAAUGUAGUGGGACCAGACGUUUUUUUGCCGCAGGUGAUGACAAAUUUAAAAUGUUCAUCAAAAAGUGCAUUAAAAUAAAAAUAAAAUAACGAAGUAAUACAAUUAGUAAUUUCUGGUGGAAACACAGGCUGGGCCACUAAGAAGCUGGUUAUGGUUGGUUAUCAUUUGAAUAGACUGGCUGUAAACUGUUGUUCCUACCUGGCAACUAAGUAGUCCUCAUGAUUCAUUAAUUAGCAUUUAAUCAAUACAUAAUCCGUUUUGAUUGUUGAUUGGUGACAACACAUAUUUAGGGAGUAAGUAUUGGUGAUAGUUAACAACACUAACAGUUGAACAAUCAAAGCCAUGGAACAUCCACAAGGUGGAGACAUUGACCUCGCUAUUGGAGAAGUAGAAAUGUUUGAGGUGAACUAAGAGAUGCAUGUUUCCUGCUUACCGAGCAAAUAAACGCUGCUGUUAAGAACA